AGCCUCCAGGUGUUAUUGGAGAGGACGUCACUAGGUAUCCCAGGAGAGCCUGACCGACGCAUUACGAAUCACAGCCAAAUAAUUUCAUACACCCCUCUCUCUUGUUUUGAUUUUGAUGUUUCCAUCGGUGUGGAACCGUCCCGUCCGUAUUUUAAACGUUGCAUGUACCGGAUACGCAAGGAGAGGCUUAAGGACAUCUGAACCUCAUUGUCUGCACGGAGCCGCUUUCGCCAUGGCAGCACGUGUGUGUUGGUGUGAUCGAAAGAAGUAACUGUAAAUGAUGGGAUUAAUCUCUGAGAGAAAGGCGGUUUUUUCCUCCUCCCGCUUUGAAAGCUCAACCUAUGAAAUUGACAGUGCCGACCCAGGAAUAUCGGUGCGCCGCAGUAGGAAAUCAGAUCUCCCAUCAGUUUGUGGAAGAGCAUCUUUGCAGAAUUAAAAGCCUUUGCAGCAGGAGACCGGGAAACUGCACAUAGAUUUUUUUUCAUCAGCAUGACCUCCCCGUUGCAAUAAAAAGCCGGGUUGAAAAACAGCUCCGGGGCGCUGCAAGAUCGAUCGCGCAAUUUGUGCGCAACCGCACAUUCUUCCUCACCAAACUCUGACGGGCUGCCGCGGAAACGCUGCCCGGACCUGCCGCAGGGAAAUGUGUAAAGGGUAGAAGAGGUGAGGACACUCACACAAAAAAAAAAACAAAAAAAAAAAAAACGCGCACGACAGAGAAAUGCGUCCUCACGCAAGGCCACGGUAAGAGAGGAACGCGACGAGAAGCCCAGAGAUUUGUCUUUUUUUCUUCUUCUUGGUGGCAACGGCGGAGGAGGAGAUGAUGAUGAUGAUGAUUACGGUCGGAAGGGGAUUUUGCAAACCCAGAUUAGGAAAGCGCGGAAACAGGACCGGGUUCGUCUCGUCCCUGUGCGGGAUUCUGGCGUGCGCCGCAGUGUUCGCGCUGCUCUUCGUGGACUUCAUCGAGACGUGGGUCACCUCGCUGGGAAUGAGCAGCGCCGUGGAGCCGCAUGCCGCCAUCAUCUCGCCCCAGAGCCUCCCUCCAUCCAGACCCGAGGAGUUCCUGCUCAUGCCCAGCCCGCUGGUGUGCCAGCGCGCCAAGCCUUACCUCAUCACCUUAGUGACCUCCGCGCCUGCCAACCAGCGGGCCCGCCAAGCCAUCCGAGACACCUGGGGAGGAGAGGUGGAGGUGCGGGGUCUGCGGGUCAUGACCCUCUUCAUGGUGGGCGUGUCCUCGGACCCCGGUCUUGGUAAGCUGCUGAUAGAAGAAGCCCGGGAGAAAGGAGACUUGAUUCAGGGACGGUUUUUGGACUCCUACUCCAACCUGACUCUGAAGACCCUGGCUAUGCUGGGCUGGGCCCGCAGGUUCUGCCCUCAGGCUCACUUCGUGGCCAAAGUGGACGAUGAUGUUUUCUUCAACCCCAGUGCCCUCCUGCACUUCUUGAACAAAAGCCAGAACCCUUAUGAGCAAGGAGACCUGUACCUUGGUCGGGUCCAUCUCCAUGUGGCUCCAAACCGUGACCCGGACAGCAAGCACUACCUCCCUUCGGGGGCCUACCCGUUGUCUGUGUUUCCCGACUACUGCAGUGGCACAGCCUACGUCUUUUCCCGCUCUGCGUUGCUCAAAGUCGCCCUCGCAGCCUCAGCAUCGCCUCUAUCCACACCUUUACCCCCCGAGGAUGUAUUUGUAGGACUCUGCGCCCACGCCGCCGGAGUUCGGCCCACGCAUUGCCCUCUCUUUUCCGGAGGCCCGCCUGUGCCGUACGGGCGCUGCUGCUAUCAGACCAUGGUGUCUGUCCACCAAAUCACACCCAGGGAGAUGCUGGAUUACUGGAAAGAUGUCCAUUCCUCCCCCACAUGCUCCUGGCUGAGUCAGCGUGCUUCUUUGGGUAUGUGCAAAGUCAGGGCAAUGCUGGGCUCAGCCCUGGGCCUGGAGCAACGACUGUGACUCUUACAGGAACUCGCGGGCCACGCAUAGCCGUUCUACAAACUGUGAAUCUACCUGCACUGAGUAUCUAGGUCUAUUGUCAUUUUUUUAGAGCUUUAUUUUUAUAAGAACGUCACAUUAUUAUUUAGAAAACAGGAUGAUUUCAGGUUUUCUAGGUCUUUGUCUCACGUCAUCUAUAGCUUUGUCAACAUGCA